CCUGCCCCUCCCCUUGCCGCUGGUCCUCCUGGUCCUGCGCCCGGAGUGGUGCAUUAUGGGAAACUCCUGAGCACUCCUCGGUAUCUGCAGCCGCCGCCCGCUGUCAUCCCACCCGCGGGAGUGCGCAGCGAGAAGCUGGAGGUUCGAAGGAAGACACCCAUAUAAUGCCCAGAGGUGAGCUGUCCUGAGACAUUGUGAUCCAGCCGCCUGCCAGUCCCACAAGCCCCGAGCCAGCUGCCGGCACAAAUCGCCAUGGAGUCCCGAGGAAAGUCAGCCAGCAGCCCCAAGCCAGACACGAAGAUGCCUCAGGCCACAGCUGAGGCCAAGGGCACUCCAGCUGCUGAUGGGAAAGCCCCCUCGACCAAGCCUGUGAAGAAGGACACCCAAACAGAGAAGCAGGAGCAACCAACAGCCCCUGGGCCAGCUACUGCCAAGAAGACACCGGCCAAGGCAGACCCUGUACUUCUCAACAAUCACAGCAACCUGAAGCCAGCCCCCGCAGUGCCCACAGCCCCCAGCAGUCCUGAUGCAACCUCAGAGCCAAAGGGUCCUGGGGAUGGGGCAGAGGAAGAUGAGUCCAACACUGGAGGCCGAGGUCCCUGGCCUUGUGAGAACUUGACCCCUUUGCUAGUGGCUGGGGGUGUGGCUGUGGCCACCAUGGCCCUAAUUCUUGGUGUGGUCUUCCUAGCCCGGAAAAAAUGAUGCCUGGUGUCCAGGUGGGGGCACAGAGCCACUUUCUGUACAGACCUGAAUAUAUAGUGCAUGCAAGGUCUUAGAUACUUAUCUAUACAUACACACAUACAUCAUACACACACACAUACACAUACACACACGUAUAUGUAUGCUACAUACAUCCAUGCAGCAGGAGAGAGAGAGACAGUGAGCCCACUUCCACUGACCCCAGCACAUUAUUUCCCAAGUCCUGGGGCAAGAGCCCAGCCCUGCAGUUUGCAGGAAGCACUAGCAUGGGGCAGAGGGGAUAGCCUGAACUAAACAACCAGGAACAGAUGCUGGGUAUGGCCUCUGAAAGCUAAGUGGUGGAGUAGGCUGGCCCUGUAGGGACAUUAAAGGGCAUGGCUGUUUUACUCCCCUACUUCUCUUUUGUGCAGCUGGGGGCAGUCUGUCUGGGCCUGACACAGGGGGACUGACCCGAGGUGUGAAUCAGAUCUGCAGAGCUACCUCUGCCCACUGUCCCUGUCCUGGCUGAGUGGAAAUAAAGCUUAACAACUAAAUUUGGGGUGGGAUCCUCCCUUCCCUUUUUCAAUAUGUGCCCCAGGAGAGCUCCUGAGGCUAGGACCACCUUACCCCAUGCCCAGAGCAGCAAUUUCUUUUUUGUUUUUUUGGAGGGGUGGGGGGGUUGAAAAACUGGCGGGGAGGUAGGAAAUAUGGAGGAUCCAUAUUAUAGUUACACCAGCCCAAUACCCCUUAACAGACUGCCCUUGCCUGCCUGCACCCAACACCCCCUUGAGUCUAACAGCGUAUAAAUGCAAUAACACAGGUAGAGUAGAACUGCCCAGUGGGUGACGACCACCCACUGCCUGCAGGAAGACCUGCUGUGCAGCCCCUCCUUAGUGUGGCUGGCCCCAGCUUGCCCCUUGGUGUGGUGACAGCGGGCAGGUUUCCAGAAGGCUGCAGUGGGUUCUAAGGAAACAUUGCCCUCACCUGGCCAGUGACUGUAGGGACCUUGGGCCUGAGUGGAGGCUGAGUUUGAAAUAAACUGUUACAAUAUAAA